UCUGGAUGGCUGUGUGGAAAAAGCUUGGUGAGCUCAUCUCCUGUCCUGGGUGUAAACGAGUAUAUCUUACCAGGGAUGUAACUGAACAUUUUUUUCUGCAUUGUGUUCCUACUGAGCAACCCAAGAUGGCCAGGAACUGCUCCGAGUGCAAGGAGAAGAGGGCAGCACAUAUCCUCUGCACCUACUGCAAUCGCUGGCUGUGCAGCUCUUGCACAGAGGAACACCAACACAGCCCUGUCCCUGGGGACCCGUUCUUUCCUCGGGCCCAGAAGGGAUCUCCAGGAGUGAAUGGUGGUUCCGGAGACUUCACCUUGUAUUGUCCUCUACACACACAGGAAGUACUCAAGCUAUUCUGUGAGACAUGUGAUAUGCUCACUUGCCAUAGCUGCCUAAUGGUGGAACACAAAGAACACAGGUGCAGACAUGUUGAAGAAGUUUUGCAAAACCAGAGGAUGCUUCUGGAAAGUGUGACUACACAGGUGGCACAUAAGAAAUCCAGUCUACAGACAUCUGCAAAGCAAAUUGAGGACAGGAUUUUUGAAGUGAAGCAUCAGCAUAGGAAGGUGGAAAACCAGAUCAAAAUGGCCAAGAUGGUUCUGAUGAAUGAGCUGAACAAACAGGCCAAUGGGCUAAUAGAGGAAUUAGAGGGGAUUACUAAUGAGAGAAAGCGGAAGCUGGAACAGCAGUUACAGAGCAUCAUGGUUCUCAACCGUCAGUUUGAGCAUGUGCAGAAUUUCAUCAACUGGGCUGUCUGCAGCAAAACCAGUGUCCCUUUUCUUUUCAGCAAAGAGCUGAUUGUGUUUCAGAUGCAGCGAUUGCUGGAGACAAGUUGUAACACAGACCCUGGCUCCCCUUGGAGUAUCAGAUUCACCUGGGAGCCUAACUUCUGGACCAAGCAGCUGGCUUCUCUUGGCUGCAUAACUACUGAAGGUGGACAAAUGUCCAGGGCAGAUGCUCCUGGUUAUGGAGGCUUACAGGGGUCAUCACCCUUUUAUCAAAGCCACCAGUCUCCAGUGGCUCAGCAAGAGGCUCUUAGCCACCCCUCACACAAGUUCCAGUCUCCAGCAGUGUGCUCCUCAUCUGUGUGCUGCUCCCACUGCUCCCCAGUCUCGCCUUCCCUCAAAGGCCAGGUCCCCCCACCCAGCAUACACCCAGCCCACAGUUUUAGGCAGCCCUCUGAGAUGGUGCCUCAGCAGCUGGGGUCUCUGCAGUGCUCUGCCCUGCUGCCCAGGGAGAAAGAGCUGGCCUGCAGCCCUCAUCCACCAAAGCUGCUGCAGCCCUGGCUGGAAACCCAGCCCCCUGUGGAGCAGGAGAGCACAUCCCAGCGGCUGGGGCAGCAGCUGACUUCCCAGCCCGUGUGCAUUGUCCCCCCACAGGAUGUUCAGCAAGGAGCCCAUGCCCAGCCCACCUUACAGACACCCUCUAUCCACGUCCAGUUUGGCCACCACCAGAAGCUGAAGCUCAGUCACUUUCAGCAGCAGCCACAGCAGCAGCUACCACCUCCACCACCACCCCUCCCCCACCCCCCACCUCCCCUCCCGCCUCCCCCACAGCAGUCACACCCACCUCUACCUCCAUCCCAGCAUCUGGCUUCUAGUCAGCACGAGAGCCCUCCUGGCCCUGCCUGUUCUCAGAACAUGGACAUAAUGCAUCACAAGUUUGAGCUGGAGGAAAUGCAGAAGGACUUGGAGCUUCUUCUCCAGGCUCAACAGCCCAGCCUGCAACUGAGUCAGACCAAAUCUCCUCAGCAUCUUCAGCAAACCAUUGUGGGGCAGAUCAACUACAUUGUGAGGCAGCCAGCACCUGUCCAGUCCCAGAGCCAGGAGGAGACCCUGCAGGCUACAGAUGAGCCCCCAGCAUCUGAGGGCUCAAAGCCAGCUCUCCAUCUUGACAAGAAUACUGCUGCUGCCUUGCCCCAGGCAUCUGGGGAAGAAACCCCUCGCAGUGUCCCCCCAGUGGACAGCACCAUCCAGCACUCCUCUCCAAAUGUGGUGAGAAAGCACUCCACCUCGGUGAGCAUCAUGGGCUUUUCCAACACUCUGGAGAUGGAGUUGUCAUCUACCAGGUUGGAGAGGCCCCUAGAACCACAGAUCCAGAGUGUGAGCAACCUGACAGCUGGUGCCCCCCAGGCAGUACCAAGCCUGCUGAGUGCUCCCCCCAAAAUGGUGUCCAGCCUGACAAGUGUUCAAAACCAGGCCAUGCCCAGCCUGACAACCAGUCACCUACAGACUGUGCCCAGCCUUGUGCAUAACACAUUCCAGUCCAUGCCCAACCUGAUAAGUGACUCCCCUCAGGCUAUGGCAAGCCUGGCAAAUGAUCACCCUCAGGCUGGGUCCAGGCUAAUGUCUGGUCACACCCAGGCUGUGCCGAGUCUUGCAACUUGUCCUCUGCAGAGCAUCCCUCCAGUUUCUGACAUACAGCCAGAAACCGGGUCCAGCUCCAGUUCUGGCCGAACUUCAGGGAGCCUGUGCCCCGGAGAUGGGGCUGAUCCCUCCCUGGGGAAUGCUCUGUGUAAGAUGGAAAGUGAGGAUUCCACUCACUUCAGUGACUCACUGGGACAAGGUCUCAUAGUCCCUGGUCUGGAUGCUCCCAAGGACUUGGCCAUCCCCUCAGAGCUGGAGGAGCCAAUUAACCUCUCUGUGAAGAAACCUCCACUGGCGCCAGUGGUCAGCACAUCUACAGCUCUGCAGCAGUACCAGAACCCAAAAGAGUGUGAGAAUUUUGAACAAGGAGCCCUAGAGCUGGAUGCAAAAGAGAACGAGAGCAUCAGAGCCUUCAAUAGCGAGCAUAAGAUUCCCUAUGUGCGACUGGAGCGACUCAAGAUCUGUGCUGCCUCCUCAGGAGAGAUGCCUGUGUUCAAACUGAAGCCACAGAAGAAUGAUCAGGGUGGGAGCUUCCUGCUGAUCAUCGAGUGUGGCACUGAGUCCUCCAGCAUGUCCAUUAAGGUCAGCCAGGACAGACUGUCUGAGGCCACCCAGGCCCCAGGUCUGGAGGGAAGAAAGGUCACUGUCACUUCUCUGGCUGGGCAGCGGCCACCAGAAGUGGAGGGCACAUCUCCUGAAGAACACAGACUCAUUCCUCGAACCCCAGGAGCCAAGAAGGGCCCCCCAGCCCCAAUAGAGAAUGAGGACUUCUGUGCUGUUUGCCUCAAUGGUGGAGAGUUACUGUGCUGUGACCGCUGCCCCAAAGUGUUCCACCUCUCCUGCCAUGUGCCAGCCUUGCUCAGCUUCCCAGGGGGAGAGUGGGUGUGUACCUUGUGCCGCAGCCUGACCCAGCCCGAGAUGGAGUACGACUGUGAGAAUGCCCGCUAUAACCAGCCUGGAAUGCAGGCAUCUCCUGGCCUAAGCAUGUAUGACCAGAAGAAGUGUGAGAAGCUGGUAUUGUCCUUGUGCUGCAAUAACCUCAGCCUGCCCUUCCAUGAACCUGUCAGCCCCCUGGCCCGGCAUUAUUACCAGAUUAUCAAGAGGCCCAUGGACCUGUCAAUCAUCCGGAGGAAGCUGCAAAAGAAGGACCCGGCUCACUAUACCACCCCAGAGGAGGUGGUAUCAGAUGUGCGCCUCAUGUUCUGGAACUGUGCUAAGUUCAAUUACCCUGACUCCGAGGUUGCAGAGGCCGGCCGCUGCCUGGAAGUGUUCUUUGAGGGCUGGUUGAAGGAGAUCUACCCAGAGAAACGGUUUGCCCAGCCAAGGCAGGAGGACUCAGACUCCGAGGAGGUGUCUAGUGAGAGUGGAUGUUCCACUCCCCAGGGCUUCCCGUGGCCUUCCUACAUGCAGGAGGGCAUCCAACCCAAGAGGCGGCGACGACAUAUGGAGAAUGAAAGAGCAAAAAGAGUGUCAUUUCGCCUGGCCAACAGCAUCUCUCAGGUGUGAGAGCCAAAAGGAGACUGGGCACUCUGGCAGCUGUUGUCCCAUACUGUCGACCAUUCCUUCCCAUCAUGCAGCUUAUCCUCUUCAGAGUGUGGAUGGUAGAUGAGUCUUGUUGAACUGUGUAGUGCUCUUCUUUGCCAUUUGCAUCUACAGCAUUUAUUUGGGAGCCGUAGUACAUCCACUACAGAGAAGAUUUCAGUAAUAAACAGGAAAGAGGAAGGUAUUUAUUAUUACCAGAGUAAUCAAUUGUAUAGGCUCCACUUGACAAGACCACACCUGGUUAGGCUUGGGAGGACCUACUUUCCUUGGUGAAUUUUUUUCUGCCUGGGAAAGCAGACCUGUCUAACCUUUUAGUGUCCAGGGCUCAGGAGCCAUGUAUACAUCUGAACUCCUCCUGGGCUCAGAAGUGGGUAAAAGAAGGGAGAGAGGUUUAGACAUAUGGCAGGACUGUGAUCCCUGGCCCAGCACAGCCAAAGACUGUCACUGUUUGCCUUUGCUUGUCCUGUCUGGAUAGAGGCAUCUGCCAUGUGCAGACUAGUGGAGGUUUCUAGAGGCCAUAGGUCUCAAUUUGUGCCUGUUUGGGUUCUAACGGUUUUCAGGGUAUUUGUUUUGCAUAGUCACUUUCCUGAUGUUGACAUAGGUGGCUGCUGUGAAAAUGUUGUGGAUGGUGUGACAUUCUUGGUUGAGCUGGGUGGCUGUGCAGAGACCACUUACAUCUUCUGGUUCAGAUUUCACUUACAGACUUAGAAAGAUGUCCACUUCAGAGCCCGCCCUCUGUGCUACUUACUCUGGGCUAAUCACACUUCUUUAGGGUGAGAACCUGCCUUCCUAGAAGUGACUGUUGGUGCUUGUCAGUGGCCAUACCCUUCAUCAUCCUCAUUUAGAGGUCUGGAUCUUGAGUUCUGCUUGUGAAUACUGUGAGACAGCUGCUGUCUGCUUCAGGUCCAGAGUUCCAUUGGGUGGAGAGAGUAACCCACAACCAGCUCACUCCUCUGGGCCUCUCUUCCUGCUUAAAGAUUCUAGUUCUCAACCUCUCCAAGUUCAUGAGCCAAAGAUCAGAAGUGAGUCUUCUGACUAGCCUGCCUCCAGGCUGUCUACAGCCCCAAAAAAGCUAACACUUUUCUGGCAGCCCUUUUUGUUGGAGGUUAGAGAAGGCCUCAGGGACCAACAGGGGCCAGAUCUAGACAUUCCUGGGGGAAGUUUGUCUAAGGUGGACAGGGGGAAAAAUCAAGAGGCAAAAAGCCAGUGUCCUUUGGUGACUGUGAAGCAACCUCAGAGCCUUAGUUCUCCUAGAAUGCAGAGAGAAGCAUUCUGGAAGCCAUGGGAACAGGAGCUUGAGGCUGCAUCCUGAAUGGAUCUGCAUGGCCCUCGCAGGGUGUUUGUGAAGAUACUGGAGGUCAGGCUACCUCCCAAGCAAGGGCUUGGUUGAGAAGGAACCCAUUGCUUAUAUUGUUGGGGGAGCUAUGAACCUGACAUGUCAGUGGCCAGGACUGAGACAGCUCUCCCUGGUUCUGUCAUUGCGUAGCUAAUUUCAGGGGAGUCUGAGGUCAUGGCUUUGUUUUUGCUAAGAGAUGAAGUUCAAGGAUGUUGUUUGUAGGGCCUUUGCUAAUGAGCAGGUUUUUUUUUUUUUAAUUAGAAAACAUUUCUUCUCUCUUUGUGAGUUGAUGGUAUUGCUCAUUUCCUUCUCUACCCAACCUGAGAGAUCAUCUUCACUUUAAAGCAAACCAUGCCCCUUGGCUUGCCAUUCUUUCAGCAGCACAUGCCACGUUCUCCUAAGCAGAUGGGCUUCCGUGAUCCCGUUUUCUAGUUUGGGGUAACUGAGUCUUCAAUGCUUUACUAGUCCGACAGUCUUUGGACUUAGGCUUCUGCCCUUUGAGACUCACAUGACUUUUUGGUUUGGGGUCUGGUCAUUUCCCUUUCAAUUUUUGAAUCUUCUUCUCUGUUCAGUUGGCUUGGCAAAGUACCCUCUGUUCUCAUGUCACUAAUUCUUGCUCUAGGUCAUCUUCCCUUUGUGCAGCCCACAUUCCCACCAUCCCUGUGAGCUUUGUUGUACUUGGUGUUGGGCAGCUGGUGAGUGUUGUGACAGGCUCAGACCUGAUCCUUCCUCAGGAGCAACUGGAGACCACAAAUUUAAAGCAGAAAUGCCUGUUAAAAGCUUGGCUUUCCUUAUAUCAGUGAGGCUCCCAGCUUGGGUGUGGCCUCCUGGGCUCAAGGAUCAGCUUGCUGGGCCAGGGGGGUCUUAGUAAUGUGCUGGAGAGACACAUGCUCCCUUCUCAUCACAGAGAGCCUGCAUGUUUAGACACCUGCCUCUUGCUAGCUUUUCCUUUAGACCUAGCCACCAGUGGUUUGAGUCAUGGUUUUGUUUUGUUUUUGCAUGCAAAAACCAGAACAUGACUUAGAAAUUAAAAAAAAAAAUCCUGCUAGCCAA